AUGAGAACGCUCCUGCAGCUGAGCUUGCUGGCGCUCGGAGCCGCCUGCGUCUGGACCCUUCCCGUCGAAAGCCCCAUGAGCACGGUGGUGAAAGAGACCCUGACACUGCUCUCCACUCACCGAGCCCUGCUGACAGGCAACGAGAGCCUGAGGAUUCCUGUUCCUGUACAUAAAAAUCACCAACUUUGUACUGAAGAAAUCUUUCAGGGACUAGACACACUGAAGAAUCAAACUGGACAAGAGAAUGGUGUGGAAAAACUAUUCCAAAACUUGUCUUUAAUUAAAAAAUAUAUUGACAUCCAAAAAAAAAAGUGUGGGGAAGAAAGACGGAGAGCAAAGCAGUUCCUGGACUACCUGCAAGAGUUUCUUGGUGUAAUAAACACCGAGUGGACAAUAGAUAGUUGA